AUGUCUAAUGCAAUUUUCACUCGCCGUCUGCGUCCGCAUCUCUUCACCAGCUUCAAACGCACCUCAUGUUCGCCCACGACUGCAUCUGCCACGCGAGCUUUUGCAUCGCACUCAUCACUUCACGUAGAGCGGAAGAGUAGAGACGUGACCCAUGACUAUGAGAAGAGAGUAGCCCAKCUAGAAGUCAACAAACCCUUGUCGGAGUGCUACCCCAGACUGUCUGAUGGUGACCAUUCCGAGCUGCACUCCAAGUCUGGCGCAGGUCUACGGCCUGGAGAGACGGACAAACUGCACAUAUAUACAAUCAUGGGCAGGGUUCGCUCUGUCCGAACCGCUGGGUCGAAGCUUGUCUUUCUUGAUUUGCAGCACACUGGUCCAGACACUGCGCAUUGCAAUGACAGCACAUCAGAUAACCGUUUUCAGCACACUAAGACGACUCAGAUUGUGUGUCAAUUCGGCAAAAUAUUGGACGACGAUGACAGCGUGAGCCUCGAGGAAUUCAAAGCUUUCAGCAAGAUUGCUCGCAAAGGUGACUCGUACUCAGUUAAAGGAUAUGCUCACGUCACCGAGCGCGGUCAGUUCUCCGUUCUAGCCAAGGAGAUUCCGACAUUGUUAUCACCAUCCCUACAUCAGAUCCCAGACGUGCUGGAAGAUCCAGAGGUUCGAGCGCGCUCACGCCACGUCGACAUGCUGGUCAACCCAGAGACCAUCCUUGCGCUUGAAAGUCGGCACCAUGUCGAAGCAGUUUUGCACGACUUCUUUCAAGAACGACAGUUCAUCAAAGUCACCACUCCAAUCUUGAGUGCCAGCGCGGGCGGUGCAGCGGCUCGUCCCUUCACGACCGAAGCUACAGAGCUUGCGGGGCAAGWUAUUUGUCUUCGCAUUGCGCCUGAACUUUGGCUCAAGAGACUAGCUGUUGGUGGACUGGAGCGCGUCUACGAGAUCGGACCUGCCUUUCGCAAUGAAGGUGUGGACCUGACCCACAACCCGGAGUUCACCAUCUGUGAGUUCUAUCGAGCGUGGGCCACACUCGAGGACCUCAUGUCCGAAACUCAGAAACUGUUUUGCGACUUUGCCCGCAGGUUCAGUGACUGGCGAGCGCACAAUGAGCGCGUCCCGGCACCAAAGCAGAGUCUAGAAGGGACGUUUGACAGGAUUGAAUUUCUCCCAGGCCUGGAGAAAGCUCUCAACCAAAGGCUGCCGGAUCUACAAUCCGCGGAAGCUCUCGAACUUGUACUAGCCAUUUUCCAGGAGAAAAAUCUCGCCGUCCCAAGCAACCCCACGUUAUCUCGUCUGUUGGACGCCCUGUCUGCACAUUAUCUCGAACCGCAAUCGAAUGAUUCGCCAACCUUUAUAAUCCACCAUCCAGCCUGCAUGUCUCCACUCUCAAAGCACUUCCUCUGCCCGCGGACGUCUCAAGUAGUCGCAGCUCGGGCUGAGCUCUUUAUCGAUGGCAGAGAAUAUGCGAAUAUGUACGAGGAAGAGAACUCUCCGUUCGAGCAGCGCAGGAAAUUCUUGGGGCAAGUGAAAGACCGGGACGGRGGAGACCAGGAGGCCAUGCCCCUUGAUGAGAACUACUUGAGGACUCUUGAGUGGGGUCUACCUCCAACGGGCGGAUGGGGUUGUGGAGUUGACAGGAUUGUCAUGCUCAUGUCGGGUAGGGAGAGGAUGGGCGACGUUUUGAGUUUCGGCAGUCUAAGAAACGUGGUUGGUCUGCAUGCCGGUGACUCGAGGAGGUAG